AUGGGUGAUAUAAAUACUUUAUUUGAUUGUUUUGAAGAAUCGCCAGUGAAUGAAGCUUCAGUUCAAUUACCGAAUAUAAAAAAGAAAAGUGAAGACAAUGUAGAAGACUCUACGGAAUCGUCUGAGGUACUCACUAAAAAGCGUACUCAAGAAGAAGUUGAAGUUGUUGAUUCACAAAUCAUUAAAAAGCCAAAAAAUGAAGAGGAGGAUGAAGCUGAUCUAACCAGCGACAUAAAUGUAAAUCUUCUUAACUCUCGCAUUGUCAUCCAUACGUUGGAAACACAUGAAGGCUGUACACAUGAAGUUGCAAUUCCACCAAACCAUGAAUAUGCUCCACUUAUGCCACUUACAUCAGAGCCUGCUAAACAGUACAGUUUCAUAUUGGACCCGUUUCAGAAGGAGGCUAUACUGUGCAUUGACAAUUUGCAGUCUGUUUUAGUGUCUGCUCAUACAUCUGCUGGAAAAACUGUAGUAGCUGAGUAUGCUAUUGCAUUAUCAUUGAAGAAUAAGCAGAGAGUCAUAUACACAACUCCCAUAAAAGCCCUGUCAAAUCAAAAGUACAGAGAGUUCUCUGAGGAGUUCCAUGAUGUGGGUCUCAUUACUGGUGAUGUUACUAUUAAUCCAUCAGCUUCUUGUCUUAUCAUGACCACUGAGAUUUUGAGGAACAUGUUGUAUAGAGGAUCUGAAAUAAUGCGUGAAGUUGGUUGGGUUGUCUUUGAUGAAAUCCAUUAUAUGAGAGACAAAGAGAGAGGUGUUGUAUGGGAAGAAACAUUGAUCCUUUUACCUGACAACGUCCACUACGUGUUCCUGUCGGCCACCAUUCCGAACGCUCGUCAGUUCGCCGAGUGGGUGUGCCGACUGCAUUCGCAACCUUGUCACGUGGUUUACACGGAAUACAGACCUACUCCGUUGCAGCACUAUAUUUUCCCUGCUGGUGGUGAUGGGAUACAUCUCGUUGUGGAUGAAAAGAGUAUAUUCAAAGAAGAUAACUUCAACACGGCCAUGGCUGUAUUGAACAACGCAGGUGACGCAGCUAAAGGAGAUCAAAGGGGGCGGCGCGGAGGACCUCGCGGUGCGAACCAGACGAACAUAUUCAAUAUCGUCAAGAUGAUUAUGGAGAGAAACUUUGCUCCCGUUAUCAUUUUCAGUUUCAGUAAAAAAGAUUGCGAGGCGUAUGCCAUGCAGAUGGCAAAAUUAGAUUUUAACACUAUUGAAGAAAAAAAGCUAGUAGACGAAGUAUUUAACAACGCGACGGAUGUGUUGUCUGAAGAAGAUCGCAAACUGCCACAAGUUGAGAACGUAAUACCGUUACUGAGGCGGGGUAUCGGCAUCCAUCACGGAGGAUUACUGCCCAUAUUGAAGGAAACAAUUGAGAUAUUGUUCGGAUUGGGGCUUAUCAAGGCGCUAUUUGCAACGGAAACGUUUGCUAUGGGUCUCAAUAUGCCUGCCAGAACUGUUGUAUUCACAAGCUGCCAGAAGUUUGAUGGAAAAGACUUUCGCUUUAUAACAUCAGGUGAAUAUAUUCAAAUGUCAGGGCGCGCUGGUCGUCGAGGUCUCGACGACAAAGGUAUAGUGAUCUUGAUGAUCGAUGAGAAGGUCACCCCUACUGUGGUGAAAGGCAUGGUGCAGGGUAAAGCAGACCCUAUUAAUUCUGCUUUUCAUCUUACUUAUAAUAUGGUGUUAAAUUUGUUAAGAGUGGAAGAAAUAAACCCAGAAUAUAUGUUAGAAAGGAGUUUCUUCCAAUUCCAAAAUCAGGCGGCAAUACCAGACCUUAUAGAUAAAGUGAAAGCCAAGCAGAAAGAAUAUGACUCUCUAAGCAUCGAGCACGAGCAUUCCAUUGCUUCAUACUGCAGUAUCAGGUCGCAACUUGAUCUGUUAGGUGCACAGUUCCGGUCGUUUAUCACCAAGCCUGAAUAUUUGAAGCCAUUCUUGCAACCCGGGCGGUUGGUCAAGGUUAAGACUGAAAAACACGAAUACGAUUGGGGCAUAAUAGUGAACUUUAGGCACAAAACGGGCAAGGGUCGAAGGCCUCAAGAAGAGAAUCCACUGAAUGCUGAGACAUCCAUCAUAGUCGAUAUACUGUUACAUGUGAAGAAAGGUACCGGGGAAGGACCAGAGAGCAAUGUACCUUGUCCGCCUGGUGAGGCAGGAGACGUAGAAGUGGUUCCAGUGCUACACACACUGAUAUAUCAAAUAAGCUCUCUCCGCGUGUACUAUCCUAAAGACUUGAGGCCAGCGGACAAUCGCAAGUCCGUCCUUAAAACUAUUGGCGAGGUAAAGAAACGGUUCGCUGAGGGCCCGCCGUUACUCAAUCCUAUAAAAGAUAUGAAGAUCAACGAUUCUGUGUUCAAGGAGUGUGUAGAUAGGAUAAAGGAGUUGGAAGAAAGACUAUAUGCACAUCCACUCCACAAAGAUAAGAGUCGCGGGGCUCUCACAGCCGCUUUCGAUAGGAAACAAGAGCUGCUAGAAGAACUGAACCUCGCUAAAGCCGAGCUAAAGAAAGCAAAGAGUAUACUGCAGAUGGACGAGUUGAAGAAGAGGAAACGAGUACUAAGACGGCUUGGAUAUUGUACUGCAGCUGAUGUUAUUGAGCUGAAAGGCCGUAUCGCUUGUGAAUUAAGUAGUGCUGACGAGCUUCUUCUGACGGAGUUGAUAUUCAACGGCGUGUUCAACGGGUUGAAUUCUGAGCAGAGCGCGUCACUCGUCAGCUGUUUCGUGUGUGACGAGAACUCUUCACAGUCCUCUGCUACGGGCGAAGAGCUACGGCAAGUUCUGAGACAGUUACAGGAAUACGCCCGACGGAUAGCAAAGGUGUCGAUAGACGCUAAAAUGGACCUCGAUGAGGAUGACUAUGUCAGCAAGUUCAAGUGCACGCUCAUGGACGUCGUGCUCGCGUGGUCUAAGGGCGCCUCCUUCUUGCAGAUAUGCAAGAUGACUGAUGUUUUCGAAGGAUCAAUAAUCAGAUGCAUGCGUCGCUUAGAAGAGGUUCUGCGUCAGUUGUGCCAGGCUGCCAAGAACAUCGGUAACACAGACCUCGAGAAUAAGUUCAGCGAAGCAAUCAAACUGCUCAAGAGAGAUAUCGUGUUUGCCGCAAGUUUGUAUAUGUAA